AUGUGAUUGGCUGUUGUAUGCAGUGUUUACAGUCAUGAGUCAUGUGUUGGACCGCGAAAUGCAGAUAACUUCAAACUGACUUUUAUCAGUCAACAUGGCGCUUCAAAGUCCCAUUGCGGGAUUAAAAACCAUAACUGGUUACAUUUUACCAGAAGAACAAGCUGUCCAGCCAAACAAAGACGAUGGUUUAGAAAGUGAAGAUGAAGAGGAGGAAGGACAGCCUGAAUUUCUGGACAUGAAGGAGAUGAACUCGGUGUCAUCUGGGGGAAACAUGUUCAAAUCUUUAGUGCCAACAUCAAAAGAAGUGUCAAUUCUGGUUGGUAAAAAGACAUACAAGGUUGAGGGCCGAUUCCCCCUCUGUGACCCCUGGUGGGAAGUAACCUGUACAAUUCGCCUAGGCCGACUCAAGGCAUUUGUUAAAGGCUACCCUUUCUAUCGACUCCGCACUCAUCUGAAAUCAGAGGGUCGGUCACUCUUGUCUCUUUUUCUCACCGCAUGUAAGGCACAAGCUGAUCAUGUUAAAAUGUUUAUGGACUGGUUGCCCACUGACAGACGUGUGGAGCUUGUUAAUGUGCUGGACGUCCUGCAGGAGUUUGAAGAUUCCUCACUUGAGCAUGAAGCUGUGGCUCAACAGCUCAAGUCAAGUGUCAAUUGUUCAGUUGUUUGGACGCACGUAAAAGCUGCCAGCUUGUACCCUGGAAUCAUGAAAUAUCUGCCAACUUUGCUGCCAGGCCAGUAUCUGGACAUUAUAAAAAGAGCAAGAAUAGAAGAUAUUCCAGAAACUUCAGCAAUGGAUGAAGACCCUCAAAACGAGCAGAGAAAAACAAAUGUAUUGUCCAAACUUGAGGAGCUAAUAAAUACUAAUAAUGUGUGGAAGCUGGGCUUCAACUAUAUCAUGUUUAAGGAAUUGCAUCUGAUCAGGUGUGAAGCAAAACUUGAAGCCUUCAAGCUGUGCGAUUUGUUUUCAGCUAUCCCGCUUCUUCAGCGUAACGCGUUGAUUUUAUAUGCAGAACUGAAGAAACACUGCAGAGUCACCGGAAGCACUUACAUAACUCAGGAGAUGCUUGUGGACAAAAUAUUUUCUGAAACCGGGGCGGAUGGUGCCUGGGCAGCUCUGCACUUCCUUGUGACACAGGGGGUGCUGAUGAAGGAGAGCACCAAGGUUGCACUUCGAAACCUGCUGAAGUAUGAGAAAGGAAUUGCAGAAUGUUUGACAGGCCUGGUUCAAGGAGACCCUUGGAAAAUCCACCUGGAUGUCAAGGAGGUUCUCCGUGAAGCUCAGAUAAAAAGAUUAAGAGCAAAGGCUUGUGAAAAACACAAUGCAACUAUGAAAUCAAAGGAUGAUGCAAACACAUCUGCCUCCGCAGCAGAAAAUUCCACCGCUGUGUUUGAGCAGUUAGGCAUUGAUUUAGACCAGCCUGGUACUUCAAGCAUGGUCCACAAUGGAGAAACACCAUCAUGUGAUGAUUCUGAAAAUACAACGCUCACUAUUAAAGAGGAAAAUCUCACAUCAGACUCUGACUCAGAUUUGGACAUUGAUCCCAGUACGAUAGAGUUGGAUUGUGAUCAGGUGCGGGCAGCCGAAAUGAUGUGUGCAAAUCCGGUUACAGUGAUCAGUGGGAAAGGGGGUUGUGGGAAAACCACAGUGGUCAGCCUGGUGUUUAAGGCGGCCAUGGAGCAGCAGACAAGCGACUUGGAGGAGGUGCAGAAGGCCUGCGAGGACUUUCAGAAUGACUCUCAUGGCUCUAGUAAUGGGCUGGCGUUGGAUGUGCACGAGGAGAAAAACCAUAGCGAGAAGAGCAUCAGUAAUGAAAAAUCUGUGGAAGUUCUCCUCACUGCUCCUACAGGCAGAGCUGCUUCACUUCUCACUAAAAGAACUGGGUUCACUGCUUACACCAUGCACCAGGUGUUAUGGAGUUUCAUGACUGUAGAUAAGGAUCGAAGUGGGAAUCCACAGGACUGGAAGUUCUCAAAGGUUCGGGUGCUGGUGGUUGACGAGGGAAGCUUGGUUUCUGUUCAGAUCCUUCACUCCAUUCUUAGCAUGCUUACCAAACACGCACAACUCCAGAAGUUCAUCAUUUUGGGUGAUGUGCGGCAGUUGCCCAGCAUUGAGCCUGGAAACACACUAUAUGAUCUGUUUGAAGGUCUCAGAAGAGUCCGCUGGGCUAUUGAGAUGAGGACCAAUCAUCGAGCCGAGUCUGAGCUCAUCGUCAGAAAUGCUGGACUCAUCUCUGAGAUGGGUAAAAAAAAGUAUUACAAGCCUCUGGACUUUGAUGCCACCAUAGACAUGACAAACCCCUCUGCAGUGCCAUCCGACAAAAGAUUCAUUUUUAUCAAAAUCAGUUCGGACAAUUUUUCUUUUGACCUCCAGGAAGCCAUCUUGUUCCUACUUAAGGAAGCUCCUGGGCUGAAAGAUCAUAUAUUGUCACAGUUUGUGGCUUUUCGGAGGAAGGAUUGUGAGUUAAUCAAUGAGCUUUGCUGCAGACAUUAUUCAAACCAUACCACAAAAACUGCCAAGAAAACAUUCAACUUUCAGGUAGGUGAUAAAGUCUGCUGCACUAAGAAUGGCUACGUCACAGACUAUGAUAAGAAGGAGACGUCUUUGGCGGACAUCAGAGCUUCACAUAAUCGUGCUGAAAGUCAACAAGAUGAUCAGAAGAAAGAAAAGAAAGAGAAGAAAGAGCGAUUGUGCAAUGGCGAAAUUUUCUUCAUUAAAGAUGAUGUGACUAAAUCUGUCGAGAAUGAAAAAAAUAAAAUGGUGCGUCAACUGACACUCGAUGAUAAAAGCGACCGCCAGGUGACUUGUAACUACAAAGAGCUACAGAGAGAGUGUAAACUGCGCCAUUCUUGGGCAAGAACCAUUCACACCUUUCAGGGCUCAGAAGCUGAAACGAUUGUAUACAUUCUUGGAGACAGUCCUGCCCAAAACUGGCAGCAUGUUUACACCGCGGUGACUCGUGGUCAGAAGCGUGUGUAUGUGGUGGGUACAGAGUAUGAUCUAGAAGGUGCCAUCAGGAAGAGGAUCACCCCUCGUAACACACGACUCUGCGGCUUUGUCAACACUAAAGUUGGCCAACAAGACCCUUUGACUACAUCUGCCUCCACCCAGAGGCAAGCAGAGACUACCUUGAACCACAGUUUUGGGCAUUCACAAUCAACCCCAGUGGCCUCGCAAACUCCAAUCCGCCCUCAGAUGUUGUCCAGUACACGACCUUCAUGUGCAAGAAACCUCUACACUGACAAAAAUGGAGAAGGCGAUCAAACGUCCAAUAUCUCUUUGCAAGAUGACAUGGCAUUCAGUCAAGCCUACUCGUGGUCACCCAUGGACAGCUGCGAUGAGGCUGGCAGGGUGCAGAAUGAAAAUAUGACCGAAUUAUCUAAUCAUGUUGAUGAUGCUUUGUUGGCAACGCUCAGCUCAUCCCCAAAUGAAAGCAGCAGGGGAUCAAAACGCACGAUUGCUGAAGACAUCUACAGUACGCCAUCUAAACUACCAAAGCAAACUGCUUCAGAAGAGUCUCCAAUGGUCAGCUCAAGGCUGAAUCUUCUGUCCCUUUCCAGUCCUGACAUCAAAUCCAGCCGCCAGCUCUUCCAAGACGAUACACACUCUCACAGGGGUCAGCCUUAGAAUGGUCAGUCUCUGACCAGACAUGCCAAAGCUGGAACGAUAUUAAUCAGUCUAUCUGGAAUUUUCAAGAAUUAAAAAAAGUUUAGCAAUUAUUAAUUGACCUAUUUCACCCACUGUUGCUUGCAUCUAAAAAACAAUAUUUUUUAAUAUCUUGUGGUUCUUUAUAAGAGCUAUGUGAGUUCUGUGUUACCUGCCAAACUGAAUUGAAUGCAAGGAGUACAAGAUUUUUUACCAAUAUUUCAUAAAUAUCCAAGGAAAGAGUUAUAGACCAGGUUGGAAGACAACUGUUUUUUAAUAACAUCAUUUUAAAAACAGUUUUUAAACAUUUUUAGAUUAAAACUUAAGGUGCAAUUGUGUAUUUUCUGUGUUUCUAAUGGUUUAUAUUACGGUUGAAGCAAUGUUUUUCCGGACAAAACGAUUAUGUAAAGUUUAAUAACUGUAAAACCCAGAUUCAGUGCUUUGGCAGAAUUUGACUGUUAUUGAUAGCAUGUGAAUAUUUUAUAAGAUCAAUAUAUGGUUGUUUAACAUCUGCUUAAGAUCAAUUCAAUGGUUGUCAUCUGAAUAAACCAGACAAAACAGUA